ACAUUCUUUGGGGCUGUGGUUGGCAGGGGGUGGUACAGCCCCUCGGGGGGGCUCACAAUGCCUGGCCAAGGAGCAGGGCUGCACCAAGGGCCGUGUCACACUGCGCCGUGUAACUGCAGGCCUCACUUCCUCCCUCACAGGAAAGAUAUUCCAGGCCGCAGUUAUUACAGCACUAUAACCCAGACCUCGCUGGAUGUUCAUGAAAACAAGCAUGAAUGCCAUAGCUGUAGUCAGAAGACUUUUCCUUGUCCUCUUCCAGUGCAAAAAGCUGCUGUUCUUGCUCUGUGUGGGUCUGUGCGUGAAGAGCCUGUACCAUGUGAUGAACACACUUGGCAGGCAUAUUGAAAAUGGAACCCUUUACACAGUCUUUGGAGGGGACCUGUUCAUGGACGCCAGUGGUCAGGAGCUGGGAGAUAGAGCAACAUGGAGGCACGUUGGUGCUUGCCAAAGACGCUUUGUGUGGAGAAAGCCUUUUCUUAGAAGGUUUAAAUAUCACUGGGAGCCUUUCCUGACCAGCAAAUCCAUAUACUCACUCUUGGACAGGCCUUUUAAACAGGAGCUUGAAGAAGUUCUGUGGCUCCAUAAACUUCCUUUUGGGCUGCACAGCUCAGUUCUCUCUGCUUUUAGCACAUUGCAGCUUCUUCCAGAGCAGGAUUUGCCUGGAUCCUUUGGCCGUUUAUGGUGCCAGAGGUGCAUUGUGGUUGGCAAUGGCUACUCUGUCCAUGGGCAGCACAUUGGGAAAAUGAUUGACUCUCAUCAUGUUAUCAUAAGAUUAAAUGAUGCUCCAGUAAAAGAGUACAAGAAGGAUGUGGGAGAAAGAACCAGCAUUCGUCUCUUCUUCCCUGAAUCAGCUCUGCCCGAUCCUCUGGAAAACAGUGACAACAAUACACUGAUGGUGUUUGUCCCAUUCAAGCCUUUGGAUUUUUUAUGGCUGAGGGAAGUAUUGCUGAAAACAAAGAACAAGACAAAGGAGGGAUUUUGGCGCCAGCCUCCCCAGGAAUGGAACUGGAACAUCUCUCAGCUACGUAUUCUCAAUCCAUAUGUCACCUAUGAGGCAACAUACAAACUGCUGCAGCUGAAUGCAUCAAGUGGGAGAUAUGCCACCACGGGAAUCAUUGCUUUGAACUUAGCCCUCCAUCUGUGCCAAGAGGUCAACAUUGCAGGCUUUGGUUACCCUGGCAACCAUGACACUACUACACCAAUACAUUAUUACAAUACUGGUCUCUCACGGAAAAACGAGCUCUUUCAGCAUAAUCUCACAGCUGAGAGGAACUGGCUUCUGAAAAUGAUUGAGUGGGGAGUGAUUGCUGACUUAACCAGCCAUACCUUCCAGGCCCAGAACGACUGAGAGGAAGCCAUGCUGCUUGCUAUCCCCAUCCAGACACCUCAGUUGGGCUUUGCCCUUGUUCCAUCCUUGUUCCAGGUUGUUUUCAGCAUGUCAUAGUACAUCCUUUCCCAGGUGGAAUGGGAGAUUAAACCCUGAGAUUCAGAGCACUUUCUUCAUCCUCCAUUUGCCACUAGCUUUCACCACUGCCUGCUGUAGUGGAGGAUGAGGAGUGUUGCACAACACUUCUUCCUUGGGCAAUCUCCUGCUUUGUGAUCAGCCAUCCUGUACUCACUGAGCUAUUUGUGAAAAGCACGAGAUUUAGAUGCCAAGCUGGUCUGCAGGCCCUGAGAAACUCAGGGGUGAAGGUGGUGCGGUGCUUACCCUGAGAUUUCAGACUCCUUCAUGCACAAAUUGGAGCAGAAGAAAGUUACACCUAUAGCUUUGGAAAAGGACUAAGUUGAAAAUACAGAGUUUUAGUGUCUCAGUAAUUGUUGGGAAAUGUUAACAUCUGCAGUAAACACCAAAAAAAUUGUUUCUUUUAUUGUUCUGUUAGGGAAUAAAUGCACUUCUGUUUUCAAGGAGUUGGCACUGUCUUGUGGGAGGGGGAUUCCUCAUGGGGACAAGUAAGUUACCUUAGUUACCUUAAAAUCCCCUCUGAGAUCUUAUGGUUUUGUGGACCCAUGUAGUCCCCUUUAUCUUCCUCCCAGCACACUGCUCAGAGCUUUGCAUGCCUCCUGCUGAUCAUUCAGAGAAUAGAGCCACCCUGCCAGCUCUGCUUUGUGUGCUGAAGAUCUUCCACAUUUAAGAAACCUCAUUAAAAGCUCCACCUAUCUGCAGCUGGCUCGCAUCCACAUUCUACCUCUGUGGCCACAUCUUCUCACUUCAGCUUCCUUCCAGGAUGGUGCUACACCAUAUUGUCCUUUCUUUACUGCUUUCUUCCUGACCUUUUAUCAUCAUGGAUUCGCCUCAGGUGAUGACUCCCUAGAAUGUUACUUGGGGAAAGAGUGUGAUGUUGAGCUGAUGGUGAUAUUGGUAUAACCCCUUUGUUGCAUCCAUUUCAGCCAGGUCCUCAUUGAAAGGCAGCUCCUCCUGCACAGCUUUUAAGAACAAGCUCUAAGGAUGGAAUUGGCUUAACUUAUAUCAGGCUGCAUGUGUCUUAUGCUGAGUUUUCAGUAUUACUACACUCACUACCCAUAUAACUGCUGACACUUUCUACAUCAGGCAAAGCUUCUCUUUUCCCUCCCACUUCCUUCCUUCCCCUCCCUGCUGUGGUCAGGCUUUCAGGGUACUUUCCAUGCUAUUCAAUUCCUGGGUAACUUCCAGUGUUUCAGCCCUCUCUCCUGAAGGCUUUCUCUAACACCUACUCAGAUCUCGUGAAGAGUCGAUCCCCUUCAUGUUGCUCUGGCUGCUUUUCCCUUUCGCUCAGACUGGUUCCUCCUUUAGAGCUGAAAUGGUUUUGCCCUGUACCCUGCAUGCGAUUAUGGCCAAAGAAAUGCUGACAAAUAUCUCCCAGAGCUGCCUUGCCCUGGGAGCCUUGUGGAAGAACCGAGGCCUCGCUGCAGCUCAGUUUGAGAAAAGGCACUUGCAGGCUAAAAGGGGAUGAUCUAAUCUUGCACAUGCAAACAGAACGGAACUGAACUUG